AUGAUUGUUAGUACAGGAAAUAGAGAAGCAAUUAAAUUAUAUAGAGAGAUUAUGAGAACUUUGAGGCAUUUCACUCAUACAAACGAACAAGGUAUACCUUGGAAAGUCAUUUUAAGAGAUAGUGUAAGAAAUGAAUAUGAAAAUUCGAAAUUCGAAACAGAUCCACAUAAACAAGUAGAGAUGAUCAUGGUUGGUCGUGAUUGUUUAAUGAGAAUACAACAUGGUAUGUUAACUGGUAAAAUCGAUAAAGAUCCUGAGUCAGGAGGUACUGGUAACCCUUUUCAAAAAGUAUAA